AUGGGCCAAGUUCUUUCGCUCCCAGUCCGUUUGGCGAACCAUACGCUCACUUAUUAUCAAGGGCUCUUUCACUAUUUGUUGGGCGCUGGUCGAAAUUUCGAUUACUCGGCAGACUUGAACAAGGCGACAUUGGCAGCCUUGAGGCCGUCUCCAGGAGACACGGACGAGGACUUGCUCUUCAAACAGAAUGCUCGCAUUCAUUUGUUUGCCCUGGCAUCUCAGUUUUAUUUGUACAAUAAACCACAUUACCGCAAGGGAUCGUACCGUGAAGACUUGGUCGACAACUUGGAAAAUGUGGCCAUUCCUGGAACCGGCAUCAAGUUGAGUUGGGUCGCCUGUAACCGUCUCCUGGGGUUGGGAUUCCUCACGACGGCCUAUCCAGCCAUUAGUUUGGUGGCGUCCUUUCAUCAGUGGUUCAUGUCCAAGUUCCAGUCCAGUAUUUCGGGAGAAUUUGCCACUCGACUCUUGGCACCGGAUGAUUGGUUCAGUUAUUGGCGACUGAAUUGUACCGUGGUCGGAUUGCAUGCCUUGUUGAACAACAGUCCAGCCGAUUAUGAAAUGGAAAACAAAUGGACGUUUUUGGAGGAAGGUGUGAAACGAGGCGUGCCAGUCUCACCCUACUUGACAGCCCCAGGCUUUGUGGCAACGGUGCAGGACGUCAAGUCUCUCAGCUGCGUCUUUCGGGCUGGACGUGCCGGAGCCGACACGGAUCAUUCCUCCAUCCUCUUUGACGUGGAUGUCACCACUGGUUUGAUUCGAGGUGGUACCACCAAUGCUCAUUGGUAUCGAACGGGAAUUUUGGAGGCAAUUCCAGGCCGGUGUCCUUGGCGAUCUCAACAUGACUACAAGCUCCAUCCCGAUGGAGACAUUCCGGUUUCCGGCAAUUUUGUCCCAGAUAUCAAGAAUUUGUUGGCGCUGGUGGAAAAGUCACAUUUCGAUCUCUGUCCCGGUGUUCCUUUCGCGGGAUGGGAUGUUGUAUUGAGUGCCGACCCUGACUUACCGGUCUGUUUGUUGGAGGUGAACCUGUCUUGCAACUUUUUCCGCGGUUCAUUUGACAAGAAAUUGUACCUCGAUUUCAUUGAUGACGCUUUCGCGGUGCUGCAGAGCAAGAGACUUGUAGCGGAUCGAUAA